AUGCCUUUCGCUCAGAUGCUCCUGGGUGAUCCUGCGAUCCCCACCGUUGAGCGCCAACAAGCGCUAGAUCGCAUCUUCGCCGAUCCAGGAAUCCCACAAGACUCGACAACCUCACCCUUCUGGCUGAAAGAGCCUCAUACAGAUUUCGUGACUCAUUCCUCAAAACCUCUCCCUACUGAGGCGGACGUGGUGAUCAUCGGAUCUGGUAUUACCGGCGCAUCUAUCGCGCGCACCUUACUUCAAGAUCGCACGGGACCAAGCUCCUUGAACAAGGCCGUGCAUUCUGUUUUCAUGCUUGAAGCACGGGAUAUCUGCAGCGGAGCUACCGGGCGAAACGGCGGGCAUAUACUCGAAACAGCAGACGAGUAUGCCGAGCUGGCAGAUGUCUUUGGGGACGAAGUUGCGAAGAAAACACUGCGUUUCCGACUCGCGCAUUUGAAAGAGAUGCUUAAAGCGGUUGAGGAUCUUGGUCUCACUGAAAAGACUCAGGCGCGGAAAGUCCAGUUCCUGAGCGCCUACUUUGGCGAGGAGCCUUGGAAAGCGGCGCUGGAGCGUCUUCGUCGCUUUCAGGCCGGUAUGCCCGAGGAAUCUGCCGAGUGGAUCGCCUACGAUAGACAGUCGAUGCCGGAAGAAUUCAAGCUUUCUCGUGCUCACGGUGUUAUCACUGGGCCUGCAGGCGCUCUGUGGCCAUACAAGUUCGUGACGGGCGUCCUGUCCCAUCUGCUUUCUCAAUAUCCAGAGCAAUUUCGUGUCCAAGGUCAUACUGCAGUGACCGCGAUUCACGACAAUACAUCUUCCGACUACAAGUACCGAGUUGAGACGAGUCGCGGUGUUAUUUCUGCCCGACAUGUUAUUCACUGCACAAACGCCCACGUCACCCAUCUAGUCCCGGGCCUUCGAGGUCGCAUUUUCCCGCUUCGUGGACAAAUGUCCGCCCAAACACCCGGCAACAAGUUCCCCUGCCAGGCAGCCGAGCACUCCUGGAUGUUCAGCUACGAUCGCGGCUUCGACUACCUCACCCAACUCCCCAGUGGACAAAUGAUGUUCGGCGGAGGCUUCGCGCGCAGCGAAGGCGGCGGUAUCGCCGACCUAGGAAUCGCAACAGACGACGAGCUAAGUCUCUACUGCGACAUCCACCUCUCCGGUGCUCUCCCCGCCGUGUUCGGCCGUCAAAACUGGGGCCAGGUGAAAGGCGAUCCUGUCCAGGCGAUGUGGACAGGUAACAUGGCUUUUAGCACAGAUGGUUUUCCCUGGGUGGGACAGCUGCCUAGCUCUGUCACGCACCGUGCUGGAUCGAGUAAGCACGAUGUAGGGUCCGAGUGGGUAUCUGCGGCUUUUGGUGGUGAGGGCAUGGUGCAGGCUUGGCUUUGCGGGAAGGCUCUCGCAACUAUGUUGCUUCUCAAGGAAGGACUUGCCUCUACUGAGGCGGAUAUUUCGUGGUUGCCCGAUCAAAUGAUUGUGACCGAUGAGCGUAUUGCCUGGGCUAUUCUUCCACGGACGGUUGAGUCACCACAUAAGGCUAGUCUGUAG